AGAUGACAGUGAUCUGUCACUCGAGUGAAAUGUGUGGCUGUUUAUUUAUAAUUGUAAAUUAGAAUAAUAAACUCAGAACCUCGAAUAGCGUACAUAUGCGACCGAAAUGGCCACUGAACCUCUGGUAGUCCAGGCCGUUUUCGCCUUCAAGGGCUCCAAUAACGACGAGUUGUGUUUCAAGAAGGGGGAUGUGAUCACGGUGACGCAGAAGGACGACGGGUGGUGGGAGGGCACCCUGAACGGGAAAACGGGGUGGUUCCCCAGCAACUACGUCAAGGAGUGCAAAGACGCCCCGAAACCGGUGAUUUUGCAGCAAAACCAGUACAAGAGCGUCGUUCUAAAAGACCUGAUUGACUCGGAAAAAGCGCACGUUACGGAACUGGAGAGCUUAGUCACGAAUUUUUUACAGCCGCUAGAGAAGAGUUCGAUAUUGACCAUCGAUGAAUACAAACAAUUAACGGGGAAUAUCACCGAAGUUCUUGACACACAUCAGCAGCUACUCAAGUUGAUGGAAACAGAGCAGGUGAAGCCGAGUCUCGAGCAGAGAAUGGGGCGCCUGUUUUUAUCGUGGGCCCCCAGAAUUAAAAGCGUGAAUCAAGCCUAUUGUGCCUUACAUCCGAAAGCUGUCUGCAUUUUGGAUCAAUACAAAGAAGAACUUGCCAAGUAUAUGGAGUCUAGGGGGGCUGCCAGUCCCGGAAUCCUCGUCUUGACGGUCCUGCUAGGUAAACCGUUCCGUCGCCUGGAAAAAUAUUCCGGGAUGCUUCAAGAACUAGAGCGGCAUGUGGAAGAGUGCCACCCCGACAGGGGCGACACUCAGCGCUCCGUCGCCGUGUACAAAGAAAUAGCAACCACUUGUUUGGCCACCCGCCGACAAAAAGAACUCGAAUUGCAAGUCCUAACGGGACCUGUGAGGGGCUGGGAAGGCCCCCCGCUUAUUUCUCUAGGUGACAUUAUCUAUAUGGGUUCGGUGGCCGUGGGGCCGCAGCACCACGACAGAUACUUCGUUCUCUUCCCCACGACGCUCCUAAUCUUGUCAGUGAGCCACCGCCUCAGCGCUUUUAUCUACGAGGGCAAACUACCCCUGUCGGGGCUCGUGGUCACCAGACUCGACGACAGCGACCACUACAAGAACGCGUUCGAAAUCAGCGCCCCCAUGAUCGAAAAGAAGGUAGCGGUGUGUCAAAGCAAAAACGAGGCCAACCACUGGGUUGACUUAUUGAGGAAACACAUGCCGAAAAGUGGGGGCAACAGCAGCAACCAGAAGGUGUCACCGUCGCAGGCGCAGUUCGUCCCGCAGCCGCCACCUCAUCUCAACCCCCGCGGUUACUCUAACCGAACCUCGGUCCUCACUUACCAAAAGUCGCUCGAGUACGUGGCGACUUACCCGCCUGAGACGUACCCCCCGUGCGCCCCCUUCGCGUCCUUGACGAGGUACUUCUCCAAGUGCAUCAAGGACAGAUCGAUCAAUCGCAAGCUCCUCAAGCAGCUGCUCUACCCCGAGUACUUGAACCGGAUGAACUUGGCCAUAGUCAGAAUCCGCCACCACAAGACCGAAUGCGUUAUAAUUCCGAGGAGUAGCCAAUGUAGGAUCAGUGUGAUCAACUGUGAUAGUGAUUCGGACUCGGAUAGUGAUCACGGCCGAAUCAAAAGACAAAACGCGAUCGUGGAGUCGGGUUCUUCGGAUAGCAGCGGAAGCAGCUCGAGUAAUCCGUUCGGGUACAUCCGGUACUACAACCCGCAGACGGCGGAGGAAGUCCAGACGAAGUAUGAGAGUUUCAUUGAUUACGGUGAGGUGGGUAGGACGAAGGUGGCCGAAGAGGAGCCGAAGAAGAAGAGUGUGGUGAUGACGUCCACGGCGAAGUUGGAGUUGUUGCAGAAGCAGGCGUCGGAGAACUCGGAUGCGAGUUCUUGUAUUACGAAGAGGCCGUUCGGAGCGUGUGAGGAUCUGGUGAAUUUGGAUGGAAGUUUGGUGAGGGAGGACUUGAAGAAGUACGUCCCGUUGGAGAGGCAGUCGUGCCCGACUAAGUUAGUCGGGAACAAGUUUAGUGCUAGUAGCCUGACCACGAUUUAUAUCCCGGCUUGGUCGAACAGUGAUACCAACUUGACUCGGCGGCCGAGGAUCGACGAACGCGACGAAGACAGUAGUACCACUACACACUCCAGCAGCUUGGAACUGCCUCUAAACACUCUACCUCUUCCGGAUAAAAUGGUGGCCGAGCUUUUGUACAACUACGAUAGUGACGAUGCGAGCGAAACCACUUCGGCUAAAACCGUGAUCAAACCCCCGAGCAUGUUCGCCACCCCCGAAUUCCAGAAAAGCAGUAUUACUCGCCGACGUUCCAGCAUCCAGAUCAACCCGCAGGACCUCAAGCACGUCCAGCGAGCCAACGCCGUGCGCAGGUGGGUCAGUCCACCCCAAAGCGGCAAAAGAAAAAUUCCUUGCCUCAGAUUUCGCCCCAAUUUCGGAAAAUUUGACUUUUGCCGAAGUUGGGGCGAAGCCCGAGCCUCGCGAUCUUUCGCUUAUCGUUUCGGCCUCAGGUGCGUCAGCUCGAAGUACCUCAGGAUGUCGCCGUCGUACUGCCGCGGCUGCGUGGAGUGCCACAGCCCGCGUUCGUCCGACUCGGGCAUGGCGGGCAGCUGCACCCUGAACUCGCCCAACUCGGUCCAGGACAUCCCCAACCGGGGCAUCACCCUGUCCGAGAUCGAGGCCCGCGACUUCGAGUCCCAGUGCCCGUGCACCUCCCCGUUCGGCUCGACGCCGCGGACGUCGCAGCCGUCGGUCUCCGGCAACAGCCUCCGCACCUCGGUGACGUCGAGCCUCGAACUGUGCCCACAAAUGCAUUCCAGGACGGCGGACGACGGGGGCGUGGUCAAGUCCAGGUCGACGGGCUGCCUGUUCGUCGAGGAGGAGGAGGAGGAGGAGGAGGAGGAGGUGCCGAUGUACAAGUCGGGCCUGUACGCCCAUUGGUGGCUGAAGGCGAAAAUUCCGGGAGAGGUCGUUAGAGGGAUUUAUGAGGACACGAGGGGACAUGCAGGCAAGGGCGUGUGAUUGCUUGUUCAGUUUUUUUUAGUUUGAGUUUGCUAAAAAGCUAACGAGCUUGUGUGUGGCCCUUGUCUGCAUUAACGGCGACUAACGGGGAGGGGAGGUUAGAGUAACGGCGUGACGUCACGAGUGACACUGAGCUUGCGUUUAUGGCGAAUUUUAUUGGUGGAAUUGAGUCCGCUAACCUCUGAAAUUCGUUGGGGAACGAGCGCCAUCUU